AUGGUUGUUGCCACAAUCAAGUGUGUGGUCGUUGGUGACGGUGCGGUCGGAAAGACCUGCCUGCUCAUCAGUUACACAACGAACAAGUUCCCCUCCGAAUACGUUCCAACUGUCUUUGACAACUAUGCAGUCACCGUUAUGAUCGGCGAUGAACCCUACACGCUGGGCUUGUUCGAUACGGCUGGACAGGAAGAUUACGACCGGCUGCGACCUCUGUCCUAUCCGCAAACCGACGUCUUCCUGGUGUGCUUCAGCGUGACGUCGCCGGCGUCGUUCGAGAACGUCCGAGAGAAGUGGUUCCCCGAGGUGCACCACCACUGUCCCGGCGUGCCCUGCCUGAUCGUGGGCACGCAGGUCGACCUGAGGGAUGAUCCCAGCGUUCGGGAAAAGCUGGCCAAGCAGAAGAUGGCUCCAGUACGGAAGGAGGAUGGCGAACGGAUGGCGAAAGAUCUCGGCGCUGUCAAGUACGUCGAGUGCAGUGCCCUGACGCAAUUCAAGCUGAAGGACGUUUUUGAUGAGGCAAUCGUUGCGGCAUUGGAGCCCCCUGCACCAAAGAAGAAGUCGCACAAGUGCCUCGUGCUUUAG